UACUUUACACGGAGAGGGAGGAUGAGAGGCGGAAACAGUGGGCUUAAAGUCCACCCACACUUGUUACACCAAGUGAGUCCUUGCACAGGCUCAGACAAAAACCAGAGGAGUUUCAGCCUUUGGAGACACAGCAGUGUUCUUUGUAACACAUGGAAUAUUAGACCAGCAGCUCAUCUGUGUUGUUCAGCUCAGGAAAUCAUUGUUUCUGGGACAGUAAGUUGUACAGGAAAGCAGCAUCAGUGUCACUGCCAAAGACAGCAGGUCAGCACUGUGCUUCCUCAACCCCCUCUUUCUAAAGGUUUAUCAGCCAGAUGGUGGCAACCAGAUCAGCUCUGCUAAAACUGCAGCAAAAACGUGAAGGAUGAGGCCAACAGUAUAACCCUCAGCCACUGGAGAAAGAAAGGCUCAUGUUUUGAAAGGCUUCAGACCACAUUGACAAGAACUUAGUCUAACCACAAACCCAUGUAGUAAAGGACAAACAUGCAGCAACCAGGCAUUGAAUGUCUGUAAUUCCCCUCCUCGUCUUGCCAAACACCACCGUGUGCUGUUUGACAGCAAAGCAUGCCAGAAAAAAUCGCAUGGAUUAACAUUCCCAAGGAGGAAGAGGAGAAGAGCAGCAAUCUCCUUUCACACAUUGGCUCCUCGCUGAGCAUCACCUCAUCGUCCUCGCCUCCCAAGAGAUUUAGCAUCAGCUCCCCCAUAUCCAUUCCCCAGCAAACCCUGCCCUUCCAUCGAACCAAAGCAUUACCAUUUUCCAAUCAUAAGGAUGCCCAUCUGGCACUGGAAAGACAGGCGAUCGAAAAGGCCAUUCUCACGUCCAAAUUGUCAAAGCAAAAGGCAGUUCACUUGAUGUGCCGGGACUCCUGUAGUUCUUCAGAGCCUUUCAUGUUGACUAGAAGCAAGCUUGCAGAUGUAACACCUGGACUAGAAUUAGCUCAAGAGGAUUGUAGUAGGGGAGGCCAACGACUAAGUGACAUGAGCCUUUCCACGGAUUCCUCAGACUCCCUGGAUUACUUCCAGGACUCUGCCUUUUUCAUUCCUCCUCUGCAUGACCCCAGCCCCCCCACUAUCGCUGACUUCAACACACAUCUCCCUCUCUCCCUCCCACCAUCCCACUUACAUUGCAGCGGCACAGAUAUAGCUGAUGACGUUGAUGAUGAUGAAGAUGAGGACUCUGACUAUGGCGUUGGCCUCGAGAAUGAGCAAGAUGUAACCAUGCUGCCACCUGGAGGCUACCCAAAGCGGCGCCCUAGUGGCAGUGCUUUGGUCCUGCAAAAAGCCCUGCAAGGAAAAUUUUGGAAGAUGAGUGGUGUUUUUAACUCCCUGCUGACACCAGAGAAGAUGGCGAUCCGCAAGGUGCUGGAAAUGUCCAAGGAUAAGAACUCGUACUUUGGCUCCCUGGUGCAUGAAUAUCUCAGCUACGUGGGGGAGUGUGCUGGUGGCCAGGCUUGUCAUGGUCAAAGCUUGGGACUCGAGUUGCUUCAGACCAUCCGCCAGUUUAUCACUCAAAUGAAGAGCUAUCUACAACAAAGCUCUGAGAUGAAGCCACUGAUUGAGAGCCUCAUUCCUGAGGAUCAGAUUGACAGAGUCCUGGAGAAGGCCAUGCUUAAGUGCGUCCUGAAGCCCUUGAAGCCGGCUAUCAGCGCUGCUCUGAAGAGGUUCCAGGUGCACAGCGGUGGCUGGAAGGAGCUGAAAGAGAACCUGUCUUUGGCCAAAACCUGGCGACCACAAAAGAUGGGCGAGGCUGACGCACCUCCCCCUGACCCUGUAGCCAUAGAGAAGAUCAGGCAAAAAUUCCAGACCAUGUGUAAGCUGUACUCCCCAGAGAAGAAGGUCUGCAUGCUGCUAAGAGUCUGCAAACUUAUUUACACAAUCAUGGAGGACAAAUCAGGUCGUUUGUAUGGAGCUGAUGACUUCCUCCCCAUGUUGACCUAUGUUUUAGCCCAGUGUGACAUGCCUGAGUUGGACAAUGAGAUCCUGUACAUGAUGGAGCUGCUGGACCCUUUGCUGCUGCAUGGAGAAGGUGGUUACUACCUGACCAGUGCCUAUGGAGCCAUGUCCCUGAUUAAGAACUUCCACGAGGAUCAGGCAGCCAGAGUGCUGAACUCUGAAACCAGAGAUACACUACACCAGUGGCACCGGCGCCACACCACCCAGCAUUCGGUGCCCUCUAUUGAUGACUUCCAGAAUUACCUGCGUGUGGCGCUGCAGGAGCUGGACAGUGGCUGCACAGCCAAAACCUUGGAGGUGCAACCUGACACCACGGUGGAGGAGCUGUGUCAGCUGUGUGCCCUGAAGUUUAAGGUGACAGAUCCCGAGACCUACAGCCUGUUCUUGCAGAUGGAGGGAAGCAGCCAGCAGCUGGCGGCAGAUACCCACCCUCAGAAGAUCAAGGCUGAGCUUCACAGCUGCCCAGAGCCAGUUCCCUUCCACUUUGUCUACCGCCGUAUGGCUAAAAACAGAACAUUGUCGGGAGCUCUCUACAACGCCACUCCCGACCUUAGCCGUCUUCCUUCAGUCUCUGAUCCCAAGGCUGACCUAAUCCACCAGAGCACAGAGCCUCCAGCUUCCAGUAUCAUCUCCAGCCUCAACAGCAGCUGCAUCACAGAGGAACCUCCAGCCGACACACAUUAGAUCUUCAUCUCCUACAAACAUGCUUACAUGAACUGUGUUGUUUGGAUGUCAAAAAAGCCCGCAUAGGCAAAAUAGCCUACAUUUCUAUAUCAAAAAGGUUUCCUCAUAAAAAACCUCAUAAUUAACAUGAAUAAAAGGCUUGAAAACAUCA